AUGAUUCGCCUUAUAGCUAUCUCUAUUUCAAUUAUAAACGUUGUUAUUUCUCAAGAUAAUGCCGCUGACUUAGAAUUCUCUCCCUAUGUAUUCAAACAUGUCGAUAUUCCGUUUAAAAAUAACAACUACGCCAAGGAUUGGUUCGGAUCUGAUGUGGCACUUGUGCAACAUCCACUUUUAGCCCCCGCCAAAUCCAUCAAACCAGGAAACCCAGUCUCUCUUCCAACUAUUGCCCCACUUGUCGUCAAAUGGUCUGAUUUGAAUAAUGUGAAAAUUAACGAACAAAUCGGACAGAACUUCGAGAAACGUGUGGACUCUCAUGUUUGGUGGCCGAAUAAGUAA